CUAGCCCGCCAAAAAGUGAUAUAUAUAUAUAUAUUCAAAAAAUGUUCUUGAGCACCAAAUCAGUAUUCAUAUCAAGCCAUAAGGACGUAUGACUACUGCUAGGAACUGGUGUAUAAUGAAUCAUCGUCAUGACCGAAGCAACCAAGGCUUCCGAGGCUGUCUGCAGUUGUGCAAUACAUCUCGUGCCUAUCUUAGCUGAGAUCGAGAAGUUAGCCAACAAAGGCGGAAUCACCACACGCCUGAACAAACAACAAGAGAGCUGUCUAACCAAGUGUCUAGUCAGUGAAGAAGGGGAACUGCGGUAUCAUGCCAAAUGCAUUACUGAACAUUUGGGUUUAUCACCAAAACGCAUCAGGCGAUUGAAGGCCAAGGUGCCUGUCGCUGUCACACCUGCCGCGCAGAAGACGUCGGCACCGGUGACUUGGCCAUUGGAGAGCGACUUCACUGAGAACGAUGUUCAAUGGCUGCUGGAUGUCAAUGACAAGAUGUUCGAGAGCUUGCAUCACUGCAUAUCUACGGGGAGAGCACAAGAUGGGCUGGACUUCACCAAAGCGCUGGUGAGGAACAUCGUCGAUCUGGCAACGUACAGCGAGAAGCCACCUGACGCAACCGCCAGCGAUGCACCAACGACCUCCUGAGUGGCACCGGCGGUCCCUAUGCGCGCGCACAACAGCACAACCUGUACGAAUGUGCUUUACAAACGAGCCUGAUUUUUUUGUCGGUAGCAGCUGAUAUGCUGAAGAGAUCUACCGACGAGGUGUAGCUGUUACGGUAUGAUCGUUACCAAGACGGAUUGCAGACGCCGGCAGCCCAAGUUAGCCCUGUAGUUCUUGUAGACUAUGCUAUAUUCAGGCAACUACACGUUCAUAUAUCCGACCUGAGCCCCUUCAGAGAGGAAUUGAGUCAAAACAAAUACGUAUGAACCCUAUUCGUCAGAACGGUUACGAGUAGUUGGAACUACAUCUAUUGCUACACAGCAAGACAAUCUUUUUAUUGUAAGCACAGCAGAACCCAAACUCGCUACAGUUAUCCAAUAUACAACCGUCAGUAGCCCUUGUACAAUAUGCAAGACUAGGCUUGUUUGGUUUUGAAUAUUGGAGCGAAUCAACUCUUUUCCCCGGCAUAAUACCAGUCCAACGCCAAGAGAGAGAAAAACUGUAUGAGCGGCCAGUGGAAACCCGCAUAUGGCCGUGGAUCGUGCAGCGUCAAUUUUAGCUGAACAUGUUGACUCGGCUGCUCCGACGACGACGACUCUUGCUAUUCACAGUGCUUUUGAUAGUGCCAUCACCAAGGAGCGAUAUGACUAGUGCUCUGCAGUCAGGGACUUAGGGACUGUAAAUCUCGAGUAGUAAAUUGUUCGCUGAUACAACUGGACAGAUGGUGCAGAUUUACCUUCUGCUUUCAUUGGAAGGACUCUCAAUGACAGAGUAUUUGCAAAGACACUGUAUACGUGUCAAAUGACCAUUAACAGGCUGAUCUCGGCGCCUGCAAAUUAGCCUCUCAUUUCCAAGAACCUCGCUUCGAAAUCGAAGCGAAUUAGCCCGGUUGGCGCCCACAGAGGAUUGUUUCUCAAUAUGUGCGCGCUCCUUAACUAAAU